AUGAAUGUUUACAAAUGGAGGUCGCCAACAGCUACUCUGAAUGAAGUGAACAGGGCAAUCAGAUCGCUCGGAAACAAAAUCAAAACUGAAUAUCGAGUCAGAAUUUUGGAAGCGCCUGCCAAUCUGAAUGUACAUUUUGCUUGUGUCACUUUCUUGGAAGUUGUCAGCGAAUUAUUCAACGAUGGAAUUAAUUGGUUUAAAAUCGUAGCAUUAUUUGUGAUCACUAGUGACAUGGCUCUCAUUUGUUACAGAAUAAACAAUCCUGAACUGGUCAAGCACAUCGCAGAAUCGUUGAGCUGGUAUAUUGAAACUAAAUUACUAAUAUGGGUUCGAAACAAUGAUAAUUGGAAUGGUCUGGUGGCUUUCCAGGAAGACAUAUGA